UUAGCUGACAGCAGGCAUGGCUGUCCUCUAUGAUGCUUACUGGAUGGAAUCAUCUAUUAUUGGGGAGGGGGGGUUGUACUGAACGUUAACUCCGCCCCACAACCACUGCCAUUGGUAGGGAACAGUAAACCUAUCCUACUUCACUUUCCAAGAAUUACACACGCGAUUGGAAAUGGUACAAUGUAAAAAAUGAACUGAAGCCAGACACUGACUCUUGGACACACUUUCAAAUGACAUGAACCACAUUAUCAGCUGACACAAUGGAUUUAACACAGGUAGGAAGAUGCGGUUUUUCUCUGAUGAAACUAGAAUCUAUGGUUAUUAUUAUAAUAUUAUAAUAAGGUUAUUAUAUAAAUACUGUGACACUUUGAGAUUGUUUUUCAACGAAAAGCACUUUAUAAAUUCAAUGUAUUAUUAUUAUCGAGGCACUAAUUUAUACCAUAAUAAUUUGUCAUUGACCAAAACUAACACAUACUUACACAGGCUAAUUCACAGGCCGAUCAUCACAAAGAAUUCAAUAAUAUAUUUAGGGCUCAAAACAGGAGGGACAUGGAGUUUGGGGGGGGGGGGGGCUAAUCUGGGCCUGCGCAGUGCUCACGCCCCCUGGCUACAUACCAUCAGCACGACCUUCUUCAUGAGAGACCAACGUGAAACUUUUCAGUGUUCUAUAGAUUUGUUCAUCCGAGAAAGUCUGCCAGACGACGAUUAAAAAUUUAAACAAUUGUAGCGACUGAACUAAGACAGAAGAGGAGUCCAGAAAAAAAUAUUUUGUAGCCUAAAUUGUAAGACACCAUGACUUCGAUAUUUCAGUAAUACUUACAUAAAGUGUGUUGUUUGUAAGGCGGACGGUGUUUCGACACCAUGCCCUGUACCAACAAUCUCAUUUGGGAUAUUAGGAAACGCACCAUCGGUUCCAACAAAAUAAACAACUUUACAAGGAGUAACUACUUAGGAAGAAAAGAGUUUGUUCAAAGGCUGAAACUUGAAGCCACUCUUGAUGUACAUGAGGGCUCUGUCAAUACGAUAUGCUGGAACGACACAGGAGAAUACAUCCUAUCUGGAUCAGAUGAUGACAAAUUGGUCAUCACGAACCCAUAUAGCCGGAAAGUCAAGGCAUCCAUUACAUCAUGGCAUCGAUCCAAUAUCUUCAGUGCCAAGUUCCUGCCCCAAACCAACGACAGAAUGAUCGUGUCUGCAGCAGUUCCCAUGGACCCUGUGUUGCAGUAA